UGGUAGCUGCAUGGUAAUUUGACACUGUCAAUAAAAUCAAUUGUCUAUUGUCAUUUUUACACAUUUUGAAAAGUGAAACAGAGUUAAGAACAAUGUCGAAAAUUAAACAAAACAAAAAAAGAAAACUCCAGGCUAAAACUGCAGGAGGCGUAGAAUUUCAAAUAGACAAGCCCAAAAUGAAAUUUCGUCUAUUUGAUGAAAAGGCACAAGCCGAAGAAGAACAUUUGUCCCAAAUUCUGUUUGGAGGAGCCACGAGUUUCCUACAAUGUCUUGAAGAAGCUGAACAAGAAGCAGGAUCAUCUCAGAUAGUUGCAGAUUCUGGUGUAGGCGAAACUGAUACAGACGAUGAUGACCAAAUACUUAAACCAGCUUGGACUGAUGAAGAUGACGACGGUAUAGACGUUGGCCAAGCCCUAGAUAGCCAACGACGUAAAUUACCUUCUGGGGGAAUUAAUUCUGUAGAUAAUAAAUAUUCGAAUUUGCUUAAACACAAAUUUCAAUCUACAGUGGGAACGCCGGAGUGGGCUUCUUUGAAUAAACGGAAGAGACUUGAAUCAGACUCUGAUGAAGAGAUAUUACAAAGUUGUGGGUUUAUUUCAAAGACUACGAAAGCUCAUUUACCUCCCAGUUUACUGGAAUUCAAAAAAGUUAAAGAUUUGAAUUCUGAAACAUAUUCAGAAGGCCCCUUCAUAAAUUCUGUUGAAUUCCAUCCAACCUCUAGUGUAGCAUUAGUUGCAGGAAAUGGAGCAAUUGCUACAUUAUUUGCAGUUGACGGUAAAAGAAACAACAAGUUACAUAGCAUUAAAUUCCAACAAUAUCCAAUAUUAUGUGCAAAAUUUCUGCAAAAUGGUAAUGAAGCUUUAUUAGGAUCUAGACAAUCCCAUAUUUUUAGUUAUGAUUUAAUAGCAGCAAAACCAAUUCGAUAUAAUUUACCACAAGGAUUGACACAAUCUAAAAGUUUUGUUGUGUCCCCUAAUUCCCAGGUUAUAGCUGUUGUUGGAAAAUGGGGAGAAGUCCAUUUGUUAUCAGCAGUUACAAAGGAAAAGAUUGGUUUGUUAAAACAGGAGUCUGAAGUUACUGCACUUACAUAUAAUCCAACAGGAAAUCUUUUGUUUGGACAUAGUGAUUAUGGUGAAAUUACAGUUUGGGAUAUGAAUAUGCAACGAGUUAAACAUAAAUUCACCGAUGAAGGUUGCCUUCAAGGUACCACACUGUCUAUAUCUCCUUCCAACCAGUUUAUUGCAGCAGGAUCUGCUCAAGGAGUAGUCAACCUUUAUGGUAUGGAAGAUGUUCUAAAAACAAACUUACCUAAACCCAGAAAGAGUAUAAUGAAUCUUACAACUGCCAUUAAGGACCUAAAAUUCAAUCAAUCAUCGGAAGCAUUGGCUUUUUCUUCAGCUGAAAUACAAAAUUCUGUAAAAAUAUUUCAUAUAGGUUCAGGAACAGUGUUUAGUAAUUUUCCUAAUUAUGAUACAAAAAUGGGUCAUAUAAAUGUUUUGAAUUUUUCUCCUGGUAGUGGAUAUUUAGCAUUCGGCAACAAAAAAUCUGUUGUUUCAUUAUAUAGGUUAAAACAUUUCAAAAAUUAUUGAACUAUUUAAUAAAUUAAUGAUAAUAUGAACACAUCUGGUCCCAGAAAUUAAAAAUUGACUAAUUCAUAGUUUUUGUAUAUAAAUUGUCUUGUUGAUCAAGAAGUUGAAUUUUGGAAAUGAAAAGAUUUGUAUUUGUCACAUAAUAUUGGGAAUAUGUAACAUAACUAUCUUCUUAAAAGAAAGUUUAUCCAUUAUCAUCAUCACCAUUGCUAACAGAUUAGAUUGCAGUUUAUGAAUACUUUUAAUUUAAUUGGAAAUAAUGAGAAUUUCAUGUGAUAUAUAACCUCCAUUUUUGCUUUCAGUAGUAUUAGUAUUUAUAUUGUAUUUUGAAUUAACUCCUUUUUAUUUUUUCUUAAUUCUCUUCUACAAUGGGUGAUUAAAUAUAAUCUUGUAAAAGAAUAACAAACUGGAAACUUCAUUGAUGAUCAUCUAUAAAAAGUGCUAAUUGGUCUCACUUGAAAUAUAAGUUUUAAAUUUACAAAUGUAACAUAUCAAUUUCAAUAACAUGAAUUUUUUCAGUUACUGCCUAUUUCAGCAAUUUUUUUUUAAAUACUUUCAUGUCAACUGUAACAUUUCUGAGUUUUAUCCAUGCUUGUUUUGUGUGAUUAUGAAUAUUUAUACCAGUCCCAAAUACUGAAGCGCAACAACCCUGUGGUAGUUUUGGAACAACCGUAUGUAUCAUUUAAUGGUCUACAGGUUCUUACUAAUAUUGUCUACUUAAUAUAGAUAUUUUUGAAGACUUCUAUAAUGGUAAUUAUAGCCUUUCGUAAACAAUUUUUGGAGUAUAUUUUUCAAACAUUUUCCUUCAACCAAAAGUUGCAGUAUUCAAACAAUUUGGUAGGCUUUCUUAAAAUUAUGUUAUCAAAAUACAUAUAUUUAAAAUUUUCUUUCCUAUUAUGAAGUUCUUUUGCCAAUUUUAACAUUAGUAUAGUUCCUUUUGUAUGAAAUCUUAGAUAAUUUGAACUCAUUUAGGUGUAGCUCAUUCAAUUCUACGUCCUGUUUAAUUUUACACAAAUCAGAUGAAUUGAGAUUUUCACUUCUCCCGAUGCAGCACCAAGUUUUGUUUUAUGAAAAUAACUCAGUUCAGAUAUUUGAUGAAUAAUUGAAAAGUUUGAGGAAAGAUUAACUUGUUUUUUUAUUAGUGCUUAGUGAGUUUUAUUUUACUUUUGUAUUGACUAGUGCAUUUUGGGUUAGAAUACAACGAACUGAAUGAAUGCCUCUAUUUGUCAUUUCAUUUGACUCACCAUAUCAAAGUGAGAACAGGUGAGCUGAUACUAUCAACUCAAUUUGAAAUAAAUCAGAUCAUUUGUAAAAGGAAAGUUAUGAUUUUCGUCAAAUAAUGAAUAUGUAUAAUAGAAGCAUACACAAUAUAACCUAAAAUGAAAUAAAAUAAUGAAUUUGAAAUAUUAUUUUGUCUAUUAUUUCACCAUAAGAAUGUUACAUAUAUUAAAACAAGAACUUUUUAAUGUGACAAUACAAUUUUUCCCAUAAAAUUAGAUUUUCUGUAAAUUCAACUUUAAUUGUAGCUAUAUCUAUCUAUUUUAAUACUUUGGUUCACUCAGUAGAUAUACUACACAUUAAUAACUUUAAGGGUGUUGAAAUAUCAUGUAUAUCCUUACUUUGCAUGAUUGUUUCUUUAUUGGUAAUAUAAUUCAUGUUCAAAAUUAAUGGAGAAAUGUUUAAAAAAAAAUCUUAUUUUAUAUUGUAUAAAUUUACCCAAACACAAUAUGAUAGAAAUGUCCAUCAUCAUGCAAAGUUAUAUCAUCAGCUUAGUACUAAAUAGACAUAAAAGAGGAUAUAAUUGGAUAUUUUUCAUUCUUUAUGAUAAUUAACAAAACAAUUAUUUUUAUUUAGACUUUACAUUUACGACAAGAAAUUGUAGGGUUUACCGCCCACUGUUAACUAAUGUUCUGCACCAUCUGUUUUUAUAUCUUUUGGAGGUGGAGGAGCUGGAGAAGUCAUUUUUCUUUUUGAUUGCAGUUUAUCCUCAAAGGUGGUAGUGCUUGGCCGACCUCGUUUUAUUUCUUUACUGGUUCCUUUAUUACAAAGAAUAAAGUCAAAUUAAUUUCUGAAUUGGCUCAUUGUAAGUAGAUUUUUCUUAUGGUGGUUUCUUUCCAUGACAUUUUUUCUAUAAUUUAACCACGCAUUUAUUACUGCAAGAUCCAGUAUCCAUAAGGUCUACACCUCACAUAUGUUUAUUACACUCUUGAACAAUGGGCAAGUAUUUCCAAUUUUUUCCUUUUUUGUCUUGUCAUAUCUGGAAACUUCAGUGACAGGUAAAGCCUCAGCAUAGGUGAAUAAUAGGGUUACCAUUUUAUUAUCCUUCCAUGCCUACACCAUCAAGUGUAGAUACUCUUUCUUAGUAACUUCUUCGGGGCUCUGAUUUUUCCAUGAAGGUUUUUCUGUCUGGUAAUUUAUUAUUUGGAAUUCUAUUUUGUUGGUUAGUUCCCCCUGUAAGAAUACCUUGUUUUGUUAAUAAAUGUACCAAUGGUAAAGAGGUGUGAAAAUUAUCGAAAUAAUUCUUGGUACUUACUGAAGCAAACAAACCACCACAUUUCCUGUAGCACCAAGAGCUGGUUCAUCUGGUAAAUUAAAUUUCAAAUUUGUGGGUAUAUCUCAUUAAAUUAGAUAGCACAUAUAAUUUGAAACACCAUUUAUGGGGCUUAUUGGGCAGACAUUGCUUUAGGAAGUGUCCGAGUUUUGUUCAUUUACACAAAGUCUUUGGUCUAUUGGUACCGUAUCAAAUCUUUAGUUGAGGUGCUGUAGUUCAAAUUGAAUUUUAUGGAGUCUAUCAUGUUACGGGUGUCCUACGGGUUUAUGAAGAUCAUUAUUGUUGAAAAGUAACGAUAACUUAUGUUUUAAAAUGUAUUCAACGGCAUUUUUGAAGCAAUCGGUUCAUUAUCAAACUUUGGGCACCAGUAUGAUCUAGUGCCCUAAAGUUUCUGCACUGACAUGUAUAAAAGAAUGCCAAAAAACAAAAGAUGUAGAUGAAAUGAAGUUACAUUGUAUUAUAUAUAGGUUUGUUUGUUCCACUAAUGUAUUGGUAAAAUCCUUUAAAAUAAAAUGGGUGAAACACAUAAGCACAUUGAUACUUGACUCUAGAUUGCGCAGGCAAUAGUUUGAGAGAAGUGUUUUUAGCAUCUUCUAUUAUUUCUGGAGUACUUCAGAAAAUCAUUUAUUUAAACACAAAUCACAAUAAACUUUCAAAUUUUAUUGUAGACACUAUUAUUACUCAGUAAUAGUAAUAACACUUAAUUUUAACAUUUAAAUUACCUUGUAGUCACCAGUAUAUAUUUGAACACAAAUAACAACAAACCUUUCAUUUUUAUUGUAAACACUAAUAUAACCUCAAAAAAUCAUAAUGUUUACUUCUUUAGUCUUCUUAAAUGUGGCAUUUGAAUAAAUGUAUGUUUUGUUAUUUUUUAGUACAUGUGUGAAAUAAGCUACUUUCUUAUGUAAAAAUGUGUGCGCAAUCUAUCAUUUUCAUAAGUGGUCAUAGGAAGAUAUAACCUAACCUCCAUAGUAAUGUAAAAUUCUAUCAUGUGUAAUUUUUUAAAUUAAAAACGAAAUCAUACGUUUAUUGCAACUACAA